AUGGAACAGUCUCAGUUUGACAAUGCCGUGUCCUGUUUCUCAAAGGCCAUACUGCUCCAGCCACAUCAGACUGAGCUUUAUGUCCAGCGAGCAGAAGCAUAUCUUCAGCUGUGUGACUUUCAGUCUGCAGCACUGGAUUACAAACACGCCAGAAGACUAGAACCACAAACUGAGGCCUACCAUCAACGACUCGCCUUCAUACACUACCUACAGGGCCAGUGUCUUUUUGAUCUGGGGAAGUUUCUCGAGGCUUUAGAGUCUUUCACAAAAGCUGCAGAACUUAAACCCGACUUCCAGCCUUAUCAUAUGAGAAGCUUGGCUUGUCUGAGCGCUCUGGGUCGUUACUUUGACUGUCUUCGACUGGUCAAUAACUGGCUGGAGACGGAUGGCCUGUCAGCAGAUCUCUUCACUCUGAGAGCUCGCCUUCACCAUCAGCUUAAUCAGAUGAACCUGUGCUAUCAUGACUUGAAGUCGGCACUCAGAAUGAAACCGUGCUGUCCAGAAGCGCUUGCACUAUUGGAGAGACUAAAGGAGGCAGCAGAGGAGACCCAUCAGGCAGCUGUUGAUAAGGCAUUGAAGGGAGAGCUUUCAGAUUCACUGGGGAAAAUAAACAGUGCUAUGGAGUUCAUCCCAAAUAAAGCACAGUACUACCUCUUCAGGGGGAUUUUGUAUCGGCGCCUCAAAGACUUCACUGCUGCCAUUGAGGACUUGGUUCUUGCUGUUGAGUUUUGUGGGAUUGAAGAAGAAUCUUCUCAGGGAAACCCCCAAGACGACUCCAGUGGUUUAGAGGAAGAAGCACAGACCCAAAUGGUGCUCACGUACAAUGAUUUUGCCAUUCAGUGCUUCUCCCAGGGUCUGUACAGUGAAGCCGUCAUGCUGCUGAACAAGGCCAUAGAGAAACAAAGAGAUGCAUGUGAGCUGUUCAUCAACAGAGGAGGUGUGGAUGAUAAAAGAGUGAAAAAGAUUUAUGGGGUUUGGGCUGAAAAUUGUUUUUUUAAGCAGUGUGAAUGGACCUUUGCUCUGGCUGACUAUCAGCAAGCUGAAGAGUUGGACCCAGAAAACACAGCUAUCUGGCUACGACUUGCUGUUAUUCACAACACACUGGGUCUGCAGAGCUACGAAGACAAGAAGUUCCAGGAAGCAACAGAAAGGUUUUCUGUUGCAAUAAAGUACAACCCUGGUGUGGUUCAGUAUUAUGAGAAUCGAGCCAAAACUUUUAACAAAGUGGGCAAAACGGAGGAGGCCAAAAACGAUGCCCUCAGUGUUCUCGUUUUAGAGCCCACCAAUGACCAGGUGGUGCCAUUGCUGUUGAGUCUGCUCCCAGGAUGCUCCUUGUCUGAUAUCAUGUCCUGUGCCACUGCACAAUCUGUCAAAAUCCUGCUCUUGGAAAAGAUUGAAAGUUUCAACCUUGCAGUCUCUCGUAUGUCAAGAACUGGCAGAAUGGCACUUGCCAAGGAGGACAGUCAAUCACAAUCUUCCUCACAGAAGUUACAGGAGCAGAAGACGGAACCUUGUGGUACUACAAUAGAAGUUCACAACAAGCUAGUCAAGAAAACACAACAGCUGAAUCAAGCUGUGAAAAGAGUCCUGCAGCAGAAGCAGCCUCUGCACUAUGCCGGACCCCGUCUGGCCCCCGCCCGCCCCGUUCGUGAAGACCCUAGCGCUCAGACCCAGCGGCCGUAUGUGUGGAGGAAAUUUGGGGGCUUCGGACUCAAUUGUUGACGACAGGGUAAACAAUUAUUCCCAUAACACUUUUGGCGGGGGAUGAAAAACAUAAAUGGUUAGUUCACACAAAAAAUAACACACUGUCAUCAUUUACUUACCAUCAUGUUGUUCUGAAAAUGCAUGGCUUUCUUUGACACGAAAUUGACACAAAAUGAAAGAAGCACAUAUGAAUUUAUGAAUUACGGUGUGUACGAUAUUUGAAGUUGUUCGAUUGAGUCUGAGUUGUUUUGUUCGUAGCAGCUGUUUCUGUUCAGCAGCUGGGGAAACAGCUGAGAGAGAGAAGCGUAUAAAAACACCACUGGCAGCUGAUCCCAGACUUUUAUCACAGACGUUUACACUCCCUCGCUAAUAGUGAAACACAUGUUUUGAGCCCCUAGAGGAGACGGGGCCGAGAGCUUUUGGCAUCGUAACAAUGGAACAAUCGGACGUCAUUUUCUGACAUUUAUUGUUCAGUCCAGUCUAGUUACGCAGACUGAAGAAGAGCAAAUUUACUCGCUGUGUGGGGAUCUUCACCAGACUUCUAGCUUGUCCU